AGUUCUUGAUGACAGUGAGGAUGACAGCCAGUCAUUUGUUGCUUAACAAUGGAAAUGCAUCCUGAGAAAUGCAUCGUUAGGUGAUUUCUCCAUCUGAGUGAAGUCAUGGAGUGCACUUGUACAACCGAGCUGGCAUCACCUACUACACGUCUAGACUGCGCUGUGGCCUACACGCUCCUGAUGGCACCGUGGAACACAAGAAUACACACAACAGUCUCAGAGUAACAGCAGUAACCUUACCACAGGAUUAGGAUUGCUAAAAAUAGUUUAAUUUUCUUCACAGGUUUUUAAAGUCAACAGAAGUUAUGUCUGGAUAAAAGGAGAUAAGACCCCAGAGCUGUGCCGAUGAGAAGAGGAUGCAGGAAAUUCUGCUGUUUACACAUGUGUCUGCUACUGAGACGCUGGACCAGCCUGGACAGCCCAGAGGAUCUUAAAAAGUUAACUAUGAAUUCAGAUUCUGUUCACUCGUUAACUGAGGAAACACAAGUCUCUCAGAUGCAGCAGUCAUCACUUAAGCCACACUCUGUCAUGGUAGCACCUGCCUCAUCCUCCAGGGAUGCCUGGGAUACCUGCCUGCCAUUUUCUGGGCCACAAUCUCAUGUUGCCCACAGUUUCUGUGCUCACUCAUACAGCACCAACCAGUGGGACAUUUGUGAAGAACUACGCCUGAGGGAACUUGAAGAAGUCAAGGCCAGAGCAGCUCAGAUGGAAAAGACCAUGCGGUGGUGGUCUGACUGCACCGCCAACUGGAGAGAAAAAUGGAGUAAAGUUCGAGCUGAAAGGAACAGUGCCAGGGAGGAAGGAAGACAACUCAGAAUGAGAUUAGAGAUGACAAUGAAAGAACUGAGUGAGCUGAAAAAGAAGCAAAGUUUGUCACCUCAAAAGGAGACAUUAGAAGCCAAAGUUACUCAGGAGCUGAAGCUACCUAGUUUUAUAGACAUGUCCUCUGAGCAUAAAGAUGAAUUUCAAAGUAAUUCACAAAUGUGUGAAUCUGUCAAAGAGUGUUUGAUAAAAAGGCAAUUUCCUACAAAGGACAAUACAAUUAAUAAGGAACAAAAUGUGGUUACUGAUCCAUUAAUAUUAAAUAAAGAGACGAAACCCAAUCUAGAUGGUACACUUCUCUUCAAGAACGAUGGUGCUGGAGACCACACGAUGAAACCUGGUCUAAGACUGUCAACAAGAAGCCUGCCCUUGGAGGAUGAAGUAACUGAAAUUUCAGCUUUGCGAGUGCAUUUGGAUGAGUUCCAAAAAAUCAUAUGGAAGGAAAGAGAAAUGCGUGCAGCUUUGGAAAAAGAAAUAGAGCGGCUGGAGUCAGCAUUAUCGCUAUGGAAAUGGAAGUAUGCAGAACUCAAAGACUCGAAGCCAAAAACCACGAGCGAGGCUGACAUUCUUCUUGGCCAACAUGAAGCUGAAAUCGAAGGACUAUCAGAAGAUAUGAAGAAAGAAUGUAAAUCUCAAAACGGCAAGAAUAGAGUAAUCUUUGAGUUAAGAGCAGAGGAACUGUUGAACCUCCAACAUGCCUACAGUAAACUAAGCAGACGAUAUCAGGCAAAAAUGGCCGAACUGACCAAGGCAAACAACCAUGUGGAUCAAAAUGAGGCAGAAAUAAAGAAACUGAGGUUUCAGCUGGAAGAACUGAAAGAGAAACUCACCCCAAAAGAAGACAAGAUACUUUAUAAGUGAACAUAAGCUGGAGAGCUUCAGAAUAGUAUUUCACAGCACAAAUAAAGCAUUUUUCUCCUUUAUCUUAAAUUUUGCCAUAGGGCACAUCUGCUCUACAGAGAGAGAGAGAGAGAGAGAGAAAAAA